CUGAAAUUUAAAAAGCAAUUGGGUUCUUAAACUCUCAGAAAAAAUCUUUCUUAUUUGGAAAAUUGAUUAACUGUACCCGGUCAUUAUCAUGAAAUUGACGAAUUCCUAAUAUUUCUUGUUUUGUUUUCUUCUGCCGUAGGAUGGCCGUACAUCAGAUGAAAAGCAGAGGAGUGCAGAAGUUAUGUUAUGAUGUCAUUGACGAUAAAUACUUUGUUCCGACGGGCUUGCAUUUCUUCAAGUGUGUCAAAGAUCCAUGGUCGUUGAAUCAUAGCAAAAGCCAGAGAAGAUUAUAUUUUUUCAACAGAAGAACAGGAUCUUCGAUUUUUGAAUCGCCUGGUUAUGAUUCAGUUGCUGAUUACCAGUAUUGCCUUCAAAAUCGUCUUUACUGGCAUUGGCAAGACGAGGAGAAUGUUUACACACCAGGGCAAGAAAGCAUCAGCUUAGGGAAAGAAACUUUGUUAGACUUCAUUAAGAUUCAGGGAGAAAAGCUUGGUCUUGAGUGAACGCGAUGAAGAACAUAUUCUGCCAUUAGUGUGUGAAUGGCACCAAUGUACAGUUAAUUUAUGUUUAACAGAAAUUUGGUUUUGUAUAUUUUCGUAUUUCAUUGAAGCAAACAUGGUGUUUGACAAAAUCAUAGGAAGCGUGGUGAGAU